GUCACAUUUCAUUUUUCGUUUUGUUGCUUGGACGUGGCAGCCAUGACGUGAUUUCUGAGUUUUUGUUAAACCACUUACAUUAUUAAAACUAGAAAAAACUGUAAUUUAGGGGAAUACGUGCAUUACUCGUCAUAGCGGCGGCUCCGUUUUAGUGCAAAGAAAGAAAUCCAGUGCGUAACCUGUCUGAGAAGUGUGUGCAAAAACCUGAAUUUACCACAAAUAUUGUUGUAGAGUGAAAAUAGGAUCAAUAAGUAACAUAACAAUUACCAGAAACGCAACGAAAUUGGAACAAAACGGAGCAGCAGUCACCGAAAAGCAACAAAUACCAACAACAACAACAUCGCCUGAAACAAGUACGCAAAAAAAUGCCUAAAACCAAAACGUGAUUUUCUGACUAAACAUAGUCACACUUUUGUAGACAAAUUUUGGACGCACAGCAGCAGUGGAAAUCCAAAAAAAAAAAAAAAAAUACCACACCGGAACGGCAGCUUACGUCCUAAAAUAAAUAUUAUUUUCACUGUUGAUUCCUCAUCGAUUUUCCGAUAACAGUCCCAGUGCUGUUAGGUUAGGUGCGCUUUUCAACACUGCAUCGCGAGCAGCGAGAGCUAGCGAGCAUAACAGCUGAUUCACACUGUCAUUGUGGAGGCGGCGACAGCGAGACCAAGAGCGCUGAGAGAGAGCAUCAUAAACUACUACGUGUGACGUGGUGGGGGCAUACAGGUGGCAAAACAGCUGUUCCAACAGCAAAAGCAACACAGGGGAAGCAACAAGAAAAUCGUAUUUACUAGAAAAACUAUCCAUUAUACAAUCUAGAAUCGGAAGCAGAUACAUAGAGAGGGAGAGAGAGAGUUAGAUUAACAGACACAUACACAAACAAGCAAAAAAUCAACAACAACAACUAUAACAACUACAACAAGAUUCGAAAAAAAAACCCAAAGAGCGAAAGAGAGAGAGAGAGGAAUAUCCAGGCAGCUUCCUUCCGGACUUGAAACACUUCCAGGCCGUGUGCUUCCCCCCGUCCUCUACCUUCCCAUACACCAAAACACCAUAUACCAUACCCUUCCAGGCCAUCCGUCGCCAAUACAUCCUCCAUAGAGAUCUGUACAAGCAACACUUCCUCCAGUGGGUAUAGCACUUCCUCCAUAUCCAGAUCCAGAUCCGUUGGGUGUAUCUAUUGCGAUCUGAUUGGCGGCUAGCUGCGAGCACGUUAUGACCAAUUCGAUUGCGUCGACGAAAUGCCUGCCCAAUGCACUCUCGACCGGCAACUAUGGAAUGUCCCAAAGACACCGCUACACCGACGAUAGCAAGGAGUACAUUAUCGUCAAGCUCACCGACUCAGCCUUCCGUGCGAUCGAGGAGUAUCAGCGCGAUGAUCAUGCCAAGCGCCUGCCGCCCGGCCAGCGGGCCAAGAUCCAGUUUAGUGGCAACGAAGGCGUCAUCCAGUUCCCGCGAUCGUCAUCAGAUGCUAAUGGCCACCACAACAACCCUAGUGCUAAUGGCAACGGCAACGGCAACACUGGCGGCGACGGAGGUCGCAAGUUCCUCUUUACCAUUAACAACAUGGAGGGAACGCUCGAGUGCGUCCAACAGCAGCAACAGAAUCUUGGUGUCCUCGGCGCCGUCACACUGCGGAUGCGGAUCCAUGCGAACGAUGAUGUCUAUGAUACGACGCGCACAAAAAUGGCCAUUGCCGAGGAGACGGAGAAGAGCAAGUGCAUACGGGAGAUCAAGCCGAACCAGUCGGAUAUCGGGCGUAAGGUGAAGAAGCCGCCGUCCAUGGUGAGCAGCAACACGACCUCCUCCUCCUCCUCCUUGUCCAGCUUUUCCUCCUCCAACAUCGCCAACUCCAACUCCAAUUCUGGUUCGACGACGACGGCAUUUCAUCAUCACAACAGCAACAACAGCAACAACAACAACAACAGUGGGAUCAACAACAACAACAGCAGCAAUAGUUUUAAUAGCAACAACCAUAGUCGUAAGUUAGGUUCAUCGCCAUUUAAUGGUCUAGGCGUAGGAUUGGGAGGCGGCUCCGCCAACUCCUCCAACUCCUCCUCCUCUGCGUAUGCAUCGCGCUCCCCCAAUCCCAGCAUGCUGGGCGCCAGCGGCACAGUCAACGGUACUGGUGGUGGCUCCGCCGCCGGCAGUCGAUAUCAUCAUCAAUACCACGGUGGAGCUGGUGCGGGUGCGGGAGCAGCCUCCUCCCUGGCCUCCACCUUCGCAAGCGGCAUAUCGCAGGGGUACAACCUGAGCGGCAGCUCCCCGAGGGAUUCGGCGCAAGGAGCUACAGCGGCAGGAUCGGCAGGAGGCCAAGGAGCCAAUGGACGCAGCAGAAUGCCGAGCGGAGGCAAUGCAUCCGCCAACAACAAGAGUGCCAACAACAAGUCCUCAGGCGGCAACAAGAUGUCGGAGGUGUCGCGGCGGAACAUCAGGGAGCGACUGGUCCAUCUGCUGGCCCUGAAGGCCUUCAAGAAGCCGGAGCUCUUCGCCCGGCUCAAGAACGAGGGGAUCCGCGACCGGGAACGCAACCAGAUCACCAACAUACUCAUGGACAUCAGUACCAUGUCACACAACACGUACAACCUGCGGCGCCAGAUGUGGAACGACGUCGACGAGAACUGGCCCUUCUUCAGCGAACAGGAGCUCCAGCAGCUGAAGCGCCGCAAGCCCCAGAACCUGACCCCCCCGAUGAGCUCCGACGCGGGCAGCUCCACCUCCGGCCAGAGUCCCACCUCGACGCACACCGGCAGUCCACCGCCGCCCUCUUCCAGCGGCGGAGUCGGUGGCGGAGGGCCGGGCUCUGGGGCCGGGGGAGCGGGAAUGAAGCGAACCAGUUUGGAGUACGACGAGACCAUGUUCAGCACUGUCCAGCCCAAGAAGCAGCGCAUCAGUCACUACAAGAAGGACACUCCGCCCUCGAGCACCUUCUACCCCGCCGUCUCCUCCGGGCUGGCCUCCUCGAACUCCUCCCGGAAUCGGUACACGCCGCCCCAACGGCAGCCGGGUCCGCUGGACGAUCACAGCACCGGGGAUCUCAGCUACAAUGUGCUGGAAAACAUGGAGGAGUUCAUGAGCUCCACGGCAGCGGCCACCCAGUCGACUGAGCAGCAGCACCAGCAGCAUCCGCGGAGCAACAGCAGUCGGAGGAGCAGCUCGUCGCUGGGCAGCGGUAACAAUGGCAACAAGGACAAGAGGAACUCGACGGGCAGCAACUCGAGCAGCUCCAGUGGCUACGAGACCCAGCAGGAACGGCAAAGGACCACCACCGCCAUGUCCUCGUCCGGCCGCAACAGCAAUUCCUCGCCCCCGAAGCUGUCGUACAGCUUUGUUCCUGCCGCCGCCUCCUCCUCCUCCUCCUCCUCGUCAUCAUCAGCUCCAGCCGCCGCAUCCUCUUCCUCCUCUUCCAGCAAGCAGAGAUCCCAGCCAGCGACGGCGCAGCACAGCAGUGGGAGCAAGAAGCGGACGAGUCAGAGCAAUGGGGUGAAUGGCCAGCGGCAGAAGAGUUCCAGCAGCUACCAGCAGGUGCCUCCACCCUCGAGAUCCGCCCCCCAGCAUCCGCAGCAGCCACCACCACAUCAUCAGCAAUCCCAGCAGACGCAGCAACCACAACAACAACCACAACCAGAAAGGUAUCCACCGCCGGCACAGCGGGAACACAACAACCAUUACCAUCAGCAGGCCAACAAGCAUCCCUCGCCGACGCAACAGCUGGCGGCGGCGGCCCACGCCUACUCGCAUGCGGCGGCGGAAGCGGACUCGGCCACGCCCCGCUACGACUUCAGCCAGUACGUGCCCAUCCAGACGCUGGAGGUGCGGCGGCGCUACAAGACUGAGUUCGAGAGCGACUACACCGAGUACUGCAACCUGCUGAAGCGGGUGGAGACGGUGCGGAAGCGGUUCCAGGACCUGUCCGAGCGCCUCGAGGGAGCCCGGCGGCACGAGAACGGCUAUGGGGACUAUGACCACAUCAAGCAGACGAUCGUGAGCGAGUACGAGAGGAUCAACAGCGACCACACCAUCCAGGACGAGAAGCAACGCUUCGACUACCUGCACGCCAAGCUGGCCCACAUCAAGCAGCUGGUGAUGGACUACGAUAAGACUUUGAUGAGUGCCACAGCCACUGUUGCCACGGCGACGCCUCCAGCUCCAGCUCCGGCUCCAGAGCCGGUUCGGGAACGGAAACCGAAAUCGAAACCGGAACGGAUAGAGGUGGCGGCCGGGAAGCAUCAGCAGCAUCAGCAGCAGCGGCGACAGCAUCAUGCCGUGGAGACGAUAGAAGCACAUCGCCAGCAGCACCAAGAGCCACCGCCACCACACCACUAUCAGGAACAGCAGCAGCAUCAUCCUCAACAGAAGCAGCAGCAGGAGAGCGACUCGGAGGACAGCUCGGAUAGCUCGGACUCCAAUGAUGAGGACUCCAAUGACGAGGACUGUGAUGAUUCCCACUCCAAUAGCGAUGAGGAGGAGCGCUACUGAUCCACUGAUCCACGGCAGGAACUACUUGGACAACCGCUGAACACCACCACCCCCCCAAAUGUAAAAAGGCCAACCAGAUACCAGAUAUCAGAUACAAGAUACUAGAUGGAAGAAUGGAAGGAACCUAUCUUACAGAUACUACAAACUAUGAUAGUGAAAAUGCUACAAAAAACAACAAAAAAAAACAAACUAAGCAAGAAAAUGGUUCUUAAACUACAAAAUUGUACUAAAAAAACAAAAACCCUCAAAAAAAUGUUGAAAUUAUGUUAACAAAACAAACAAAAAAACUAAAAAAACAAAAAACUUUAAACAAAAAAUACAAAGUUUCGCGUAUAAAUGAUUUUUUAUUAAAAUUUAAGAACGACUGCGGCUAGUGGCUGCUUUCAAAACUUCUAAAUAUAUAUACAUGUGUAUGUAAAUAUAUAAAUAAAAAAUUAAAAUUAUAAAUAAAAAAAUAAAAACUAAAAACUAUAUACCUACGAGGAGAGAUGAAAGCCAGGAGGAGGAAUCACCGGACGAGCCGAGGAGAGUCGAGGAGACAAAAUCAAUAUUUUUUAUGGCAUGAAUGCGAAAACAAAAAAAAAAAACAUUUAUAUACCAAGUUGUAGACUU